AUGACAUCUGAAAAUGAGAAGAAAUACACAGAUUUCCUUGUACAGGAAUUCGAGGAAUGGCAGAAAGAUGAAGAUUCAGACAUUGUGUUUCUUUUAGAGGCUACAGCGAAGGACAAUGGUGAAGCAUUUCUGAAUCUGUUGUUGGCUUGUGAACACGAAUUCAAACUCCUUGUCCCUAUAGGUUAUCCUGACUAUGAAGAUAAUUUCUUUGUGGAAUCUGACCCAAUCAUUAAGGAUUGGAGCUCGGCUUUCAAUGAGUUCCUCCUGGAUACAUGCCAGAAGUUAAGUUUACGGGAUGUUCUGAACAAAGCUGUGAGUCUACACAUGGAGGAGAAAUGUCGUGGUAACAAUAGCCCAGUCUCAUCAGAGGAGGAAUUCAGUGAUGAAGCGAGAAUGGAAGAAGAUGAUGAAGAGGAGAUGAUCUUGGCUGAUGAUGAUGCCUUUACAACAGAAUGGGAUUUACACCUGGCACGGAAAAAGAAACGAUGGGCCCAGAAGGAAGCUCAGAUCAGACAGGAGAUGGAGCAAGCUAGCACUUCCCCAGCUGGUGCUACGAUGGGUCCUAGUAUGGACAAGAAAACAUCCAAACAGAUCUUCACCAGUAAUGCUGCGGCAGGCAUUCUCACUAAUGACCUCGUCAAGAUCAUGGAGGGUGAACAGGAAGUUGGAUUCACAGCCGAGCCAAUUGAUGAUAAUAUCUAUAAUUGGAGGGUGAAGAUCUUCAAUUUUGCAGAAAGUGAUUUAGCGAAUGACCUGAGAGAAAUUAAGGAGAAGUUUGGGUACAACUACAUUGAACUGGAAAUGACCUUCGAGAUUGACCUUUAUCCAUUUUACCCUCCACUCGUCAAGGUCAUGAGACCAAGGUUACAGGGUUCUAUGAUGCAGAGAGUGACAAACAUGGAGCUGCUAAAACUUUCCUAUUGGUGUCCAACAAAGGACAUGAAAACUGUUAUACAGGAGAUCAAAACCUUCCUUCAACAAUGGGCAAGACUUGAAGUGGACAGUGAAAGGAAUGAUCUAAAACGAUAUCCUCAUGGAGCAUACUUAGAAAUGGAGCACCACCUUCUUACUCUGGCCUUGGUUAGUGAGGUUGUGCCCCGUGUAAACCAGCGAUACCAGCUAAAUGUAGAUGGACUGAAGACCUCCCCUGUUUCUAUGAAUGAGAAGAAACUGGCUAAGAAUGAGCUGGAAUACUGGGCUAAGGGUAUUGGUUAUGGGCAUCAGUUUCGGCCAGAAUGGGACAUCAAUGCUUACAUCGCAGCCCAGAAAGAAAAAGACAACAAGAUAGAAGAUGCUCUUCACAAAAUCCUGAUGGAGUUUAAGGUCCUCUACGCUAAUCACGCCCCUCAGCUCAAGCCACGCCCCCCAGGGCAGCCAGAUCCAAAUGUAGCCACCCCAGAUACCGGACAGUCCAUAGACCCGGUCCAGGAUAUGUACUCUGUAGUUGAGGGGUCAGCAGUCAUUCCCUUCAUGGAGCAAUACCUGAGAGCCGAUUCCUUCCUAGAGAUUUGUAGACAUUCAGAAGUGUAUAAAUUCAUCGUAGAUAUUAUCAAAGAAAUUGCUCGUCAGCGACAGUUACUUCCCCUUUUGUGCUCCCUGUCAAACCAGACAAUGUCUAUAUAUCAACUAUUGGAACAACUGGAGAAAAAGGCCUCUCUUAUCCUGAAGCACAUGUGUAAGGCAGGAAAUGGGAGUGUUCCCCGCCCUCAGACAAGCACGGCUCCUGAACAAGACACUAAUGCUACACCUUUCAAUAUACUACCUAACUGCUUCAGUCGUUGUCGUGGCUCCAGCUCUUCUUGUUCAGCACUCGGAACAGAUGCAGAACUAGCAGAGGAAAAAUUGGCCAGAGAAUUUGUGAUACUUUUCAACAAUGUGAAAGAUGUGAUGGCGAUGCAUGGCUUAUCUCCCGAUGGAGAACAGUGUAGUCCAACCGCAUCAGCGCGACAGAUGUCCAUCUCGUCAAAUGAGGGAGGCACCUCUGUAAUGGAUAUCAGCGUCCAAGUAGACAAGCUUGACCCAACAGAAGUCCAGUACAAACAAGUCUUAAGAAAUGUACAGUUUUACAGUACAGAGUUUUCAUUAGACGGAUAUUGGGCCCACCAUUAUGCAAGUCAGUUUAAAACGGCUCAGACUUCCCGACAAAACCAGAUUUUCCGAAUUGCCCAAGAACUUUCCUCUUUAUCUUCGUCAUUGCCUUUAGAUUGGUCAUCAGCCAUCUUUGUGCGAAGUGAUGAUGACAAACUGACAUUGAUGAAAGCACUUAUAACAGGCCCUGAGGGAACACCAUACUCUGGAGGUUGUUACAUAUUUGAUAUUUACUUUCCUCCAGCCUACCCCAAGUCCCCUCCCCUCGUAAACCUACAGACCACAGGCUCAGGAAAAGUUCGCUUCAACCCUAAUCUUUAUGCAUGUGGAAAGGUGUGUUUGUCAUUACUGGGAACCUGGGAGGGACAGAAAGGGGAACAGUGGAAUGAGAAGACCUCUACUGUACUACAGGUGCUUGUGUCCAUCCAAUCUCUCAUCUUAGUGCAAGAUCCUUAUUUUAAUGAACCUGGCUUUGAGUUGGAGAUUGGGACAGAGGGAGGCAAGAAGCACAGUGAUGAAUAUAAUGCUGAUUGUUGCUACAACAAUAUUAAAUAUGCUAUGAUAGGCCAACUGCAGAAUCCACCACCAGAGUUUGCUGAUGUCAUCAAAACACAUUUUUACCACAAAAAGAAAAAGAUUUUAGAGGAGGUGGAGAGCUGGGCAAACAAGUACUCGAAUCGGCGUCUUGGUGGUCUCUUACCAAGUCUGAAACAGGAACUGAAGAAACUACAUCCACCCCCUACCAUGAAUGGACCCUCCUGAAACCUUGUUACACUUACUUACUUAUAUGAACAAUGGACCAACCAUUGCAAUGCAAACUGCAUCAUUCAUUUCCAUUUUGGCUAAAUCUGUGAUUAUUCUGUACCUACUGUAAUAAAUUACAGAAUAUUUAUACCUAGCAGAUAGUUACAAGUGUGAUAAUCAGGCCUAUCUAGCAGAUUGUUUAAUGAAUCAGGCCUAUCUAGCAGAUUGUUACAAGUGUGAUAAUCAAGCCUAUCUAGCAGAUUGUUUAACGAAUCAGGCCUAUCUAGCAGAUUGUUUAACAAAUCAGGCCUAUCUAGCAGAUUGUUACAAGUGUGAUAAUCAGGCCUAUCUAGCAGAUUGUUACAAGUGUGAUAAUCAAGCCUAUCUAGCAGAUUGUUUAACGAAUCAGGCCUAUCUAGCAGAUUGUUACAAGUGUAAUAAUCAGGCCUAUCUAGC